AUGGCAGCGACGACUCUUUCCAUCGCCACCACAAUCCGUUCCUCAUCUUAUCUUACUCCACCUUCCGCCCAUGGCUUCCCAUCCCGACCCGUCGCAAUCGAAUUCCCGUCUCGACUUGGUUCUGCUUCAUCUUCCACAUUGACCCACCGUGCAACCCACCUCCGUCCUAUCUCCGCCGUCGAAGCUCCGGAGAAAAUCGAGAAGAUCGGAUCUGACAUCUCUUCACUUACCCUCGAAGAAGCCCGCGUCCUCGUCGAUUACCUUCAGGACAAGUUCGGUGUCUCACCGCUCUCUUUGGCUCCUGCUGCAGCGGCUGUCGCAGCUCCGGCCGACGGUGGUGCGGCGGCUGUGGUGGAGGAACAGACCGAAUUCGAUGUUAUCAUCAACGAAGUCCCCAGCAAUGCUCGUAUUGCAGUGAUUAAAGCGGUCAGAAAUUUGACUAGCUUGGCCUUGAAGGAGGCUAAAGAGCUCAUCGAAGGGUUGCCGAAGAAGUUUAAGGAAGGUGCGUCCAAGGACGAAGCUGAAGAGGCCAAGAAACAGCUCGAAGCAGCUGGUGCUAAGGUUUCCAUUGCUUAA